UGUUUAUCAAUGACGUUGCACAUCACUUUACUUUGGUACCCAAAACAAUUUGCAAACAACCAAUUUGUUUUAAUACUAACGUUACGAUUUUUUAACCCGUUUUUUAAAUAACUUAUCUUGAAAUGGUUGGUUGUUUAUCAAUAAUAUUUUUCAUGCUAUGCUUUUACGGUGUGAAUUUAAGAGUAACAGUAAUGUGACACUUUUAACAUGUCUAAAGGAAGAUUAAAACCUGAGGAUGAGAAGUGUAUUCAGCAUAACUAUAUGUAUUUACUGGAUCAGCUGGAUGCGAGAGAUAUUGUCAACUUUUUGUUUCAACAUGAGGUCAUAGAUUUAGAUGAUAAAAUUAGUAUUUCCAGUCAAGCUAAGAGAAAAGAUAGAAAUGAAAUUCUACUUGAUAGGUUGCUAAAUGCUGGUCCUGGAUAUAGCUUUAACUAUUUCUUAAAAUCUUUAGAAGGGAACUAUAGGUUUAUAUUGGACAAGCUACGAAAACACGCCAAAGAGAUAGACGUUAUUAACGAUUUGGAAAGGGAGAUAAAAGAAUUAAAAGACGAACAAGACAAUGAGCGUCAAGUUUCAAGGAGUCUCAGAGAAAAAUUAAAGCAACAAGAAGGAAAUCUAGUGCAAUUGAAAGAAGAGUUGGACAGUCAGAAGAAACACAACGAGCAACUAAAUGAAAACAUUGUUUCUUUAAAAGAACAUCUUCAGGGAAAGAUUGCAGAUAAUGAAGAAUUGAGACGUGAACAAGUUUCUUUAGAAGAAAAUCUUCAGGGAAAGAUUGCAGAUAAUGAAGAAUUGAGACGUGAACAAGUUUCUUUAGAAGAAAAUCUUCAGGAAAAGAUUGCAGAUAAUGAAGAAUUGAGACAUGAACAAGCUCAACUUCGGGAAAGUCUUAAAGAUAAGGAAAGUUUAAUACAUUCUUUGACGCUUGAUAGUGUUUACAAAAGGUCUGUACUAGAAAAAAUCAAGCAUCAAGAAGUCAGUGUAUUUAUGUUAGGCCCAACUGGUCAUGGUAAAAGUGCUGUUGGAAAUUCUAUCUUACAAAGAUAUUUAUUUAAAUCAUGUGAUCGCUUAUUGACAUGUACACAAACUUUUUCCAAGGAAACAGUUGAAAUACAUGGUCGUAGAGUUACUGUUUUUGAUGAACCGCCUCAUCUAGAUCAUUCAGGUUAUUGCUUUAAAAAAUUUUUGUAUUGCAUAAAAGAAACAUUCACAGCAAACCCUCAAGGCUUUAAUGCUAUUCUCUACGUUAUUAAUAGUAAAAGACGAUUUGGGAUGGAAGAGCGUAAAAAUUUGGAAUGCUCUCAGGCCGUCUUUGGUGAGAACAGUCUAAAGGAUUUUUGUGUAACAGUAUUCACACACGGGGAUAUUAUUAAAUGCAUGAAAGAUAUAUGUUCCAUCAAUACAUUGGAACCUUUAAUGAGUGCCGUAAGCAACAGAGCUGUGUUUUUUGAUAACAAGACAAAAAACGAAGCCAUCAGGGAUAACCAGGUAGCAAGCCUUUUAGCUGAGAUAGAUAUUUUACAAUUAAAACAACAGCGACUCUAUACAUACCAAGAUUUUGUAGAACAAAAAAAGGAACAUGAAAAAUUAUUGAAAGAAAAUAAAACAUAGUCUUUUAAUAAACAUUAACGAGUAUAUUAUUCAAAGAUUUCAUAAUUUGAUUCAAAGAUUGAUCAGUACAAUCAAAUAUAUUUAUUCAAUUGUUCAAUUGACCUUUCCAAUGCUAUGCUUGUAACGUAUACUUUUUUAUGUGCAUGAAAUAAAUAUUUUUACAAAUGUAUAAAUGUAUUACAUUAGAAGCUAUUUUUACUGUCGAAACUGUAAUCGUGUAUGAUCUACUUUUUCUACAGUCUUAGUUAAAUAUACAUAACUGGUCGACCGGUGGCUAAAUUUAAGUCUAGUUUGUAUGACAAAUGACAAUGGAGAUAUAAAUUUUUAUUUGGGACGGGAAAGUCUUGUUAAGUAAUUUGUACAAAGUAAAUCAAUAAUUAUUUUUAGAAUUUGCCCAUUUUUUUAAUUUUGUUAGAAGAAUAAAUCAUUUUUAGUUUAUCAUUAUAACAUAUAACAUGUUAUUAAUUUUCAAUGUAUGGAUAAGGUUAAUAAUUAUUACUUUAAAAAUAGGAAUAUACGCUAAAUGAAUAUAUGGAGAUGCUGUGGCUGAGGGGUAAUGCACUUGGAACAGGAAGUCCCUUUUUCGAAUCCUGUUGAAGACUGUAGGUGGACCACUUCGGGGGCCGAUUUUGAGUUUGUGUUUCCACACAAACUGUCUUUGUAACUUUGUGGGGUUUUUUUGUACUUUUAGUAUCACUAAGUCACAGUGGUGUAGCUAGCGCCGUGUGGGUGUGAGGGCAGCACGGGGCAUCAAAUGGUGGGGGGGCAUCAGUAAAACUGUGGCAUUUUACGUCUCGAGAGACGAUCUUUUCCUUUUGCAUCUUCUUGUGUGACUAAAGAGGCAAAUCCUUGAAACACAGCUGCGAUCGCAGGUUGGGCAUAUAUGCCCCAGUAAAACUGCACAUUGUGUUUAUAUGAACUGGCGCUCAUAGAUCAUUUUUUAUCUUAUUUUAUCUAUUUUUAUCUAAUGUUAAUUUGUGUAAAUUAUCUAGGCUAGUGCUAGAAGUAGGUUAUUUAGUGCCUUUUCAGUUUAUAUACGUCAGUGCUGAGUACAAUGUAAUUUCCGAUAUUUAUAACCUUCUGCUAGUUAUAGUUUUUUCUCUUAUUUGGGUUUUAUCCGUAAACGGAAAGUAGUUUUUAAAAUUGUUAACUAGUGUUAGACAUCUUUUCCUAUUUUAUGUCCAUGAUUAGUUUUACUUAUUUUUGUCUUUAGCGCUUAUGUUCGAUUAGUAGUUAUUUUUUAAUUUCAGUUUAAGUGUAGGUCUGUAAACGGUAUAAAGCUUCUAUAUGAGUUUAGAAUAUAAAUAACUUUUAUCUUCCUAUUUGUAUUUUGUUAAGACUUUCUUUCUUCUGCAGUAUACUUUCAUGUAGUCCGUGUCUUUAAUAAUUUGCUAGAUUUUGUUAGAGUGUACGACUAGGUACAAAUUAGGAAUAUCGGUAGUCCAGUUUUAAUUUUAGAAAAUUAGCGUGACGUCUUGCCAUUGUGGUCUAUAGUGGAACCGGAAGUUCCAUAGACUUGGGUAGCGUCACCCCUCAGCCAUCUUUAAUAAUUUCAUUUUUUACUUUUUGUUUUAAAAAUUUGUAUUUUAUUAUGUUUCGAUAGUAAUUUUUAUUAAUAUUCUAUUAUUUGAACGACUGCUACACUUUUAAGUUGGCAGAUGGUUCUGACUCUAAUUUUAGUGUACAAGAUGGCUGCGCCCUAAGCAUGUCAUGGCGGCUUUGUUGAGCCCAUAUACUUCUAUAUUAUACUAAACUGGAAACCGGAAAUAAAUUCUUAUCCUUGACUAAUCGAUUCACAGACCUAUAUGUUGUUGUAACUUAGUCAAAUAACUUCAACUAAAGGAUUACAAAAUGGGACGUUUAAUCAUCAAUUGGAAACUAGAUCUAGAGCCAAACCAUAGACUUAUAUAUAUCAAAAACACAAAUUUAGUGUUGCAUUCAGUCUUUUGAUAAAGAAGAUUAUGUAUCUAAAAAUUGCAAAAUAAUAAUUCUGAGACAAGAGUACUCUUAUUUUUGAUGUUCAUUUACUAGAUCUAGAUCUAAAAAUUAAAUUAUAUGUUACAUAGGUUAGGGUUCAAAUAAAAAACAACUUUACUUCUCUUAACUACUUUACAAAACAACGCCUUGAUACAACUUUCUAAACAAUUUCACGACAUUUUUUGUAGUGUUAAAAUCUCCAUGUCCAGUCUAGUAUAAUAUAGAUGUCUAUGCCUAUGGUUGAGCCUUAUUGGUCUUAAUCUAGAUCUAACUAUAUUUAUUGUAGUUUAGCCUGACCUGUGUUGGUUGUGGCUUACACUUUGACUCAUGUAUUGCUUUUAUUAGCUACAUAAAGUUAAUAGUAAUUACCUCUUGUCAUGAAGGUAUAUGUAUAUGAUGGACUAGAUCUAGUUCAUCAUUACUUUAUUAUUGUCUUAUCAUGUUUGUUUAUUUUUGUAAUUGCAGGCUAUAAUUCCUGCCUUACUGUCUACUGUGUAAAAACUGCCAAAAAAAAAUGCCUUAGAUCUGCUGUUGCUAUAGUAUAGUGUUGUUAUUGAUGCCUCUGUCUUAGUAAAGCGUGUUUUAUUUAGUUGUGUUUUAUUUAGUACUACUAUUACAGUUUCAUUGUAGAUCUAAAUCUAUACACACUAGUUGUAGGGUUUAUUGUUGGGUUUUAUGUGAUAUUGAUCUAGGUUUAGUGGGAGUACUUUAGUUUAUUGUUAGUUUGUUUGUGUGACUGUGAUAAUAGCUUCAGAAGGAAGGAUGUGCUAAUAUUAUAUGAUAUUACGUCAUUGUUUGUUGUUUAUGUUCUGUGCGAAAGCAAAGGAUCGGACGGAAAUAAAAGUUAGUUAUAUAUGUCUACCUUGAUAAAGACAGUCUCGUUAUUAUCAUUAUUAAUUAAUAACGUCUACAGUAAUUUAUUAUUAAUCUGUGACAACAGAACAGUGACAGUAGGAUAGUUUGAUUAGGGCUUGUUUAGUGUACAUAUUGUUACGAAUCUCACUAUCCAGGCUCUCUGCAAACUGCACCAUACACCACCAACUUAAAGAACUUGACAAGUCAGGGCUCCAAAAUAACGUAAAGGUUUAAUGUCCAUAAAUAACAGCCAAUACUGUACAAUUGGCAGCACGUAGAACAGUACAAAUAGCUCUGCGAUAACAAAUAUCUCUCCGAUAACACCGUUCCGCCGUAUCAAAUCUUGCACUGGCCUCUCCGUCUCGUUCCGGGCUUGCACUGGGUUCAACAGUUCAGGACUGACUUCACACACUAGACUCGUUGUGUCGGACUCGAUCACAGACCAAGAUCAAGACGCCGUUCGUCUCAACUGUACUUGAUAGUACUCCGCACUGAAUCGUCGUAAUGCUCCGUACAGAACCACACCGUUGAACUGUGCUGUAGUCGACCGUGUUCUGAACUCCUGUCGUGAACCCUUCUGUCGUGAACCCUCUUGACUGCGUCGCCUCCGCUCUUAUAUAGGGUCCCUACUGGUCUUCUCGAACCGGACAGAACGCCGAUUGACGUUUCUAGGUGGUCAGAUGACUACAACUCUCGUGACGCUCCUGAGCUCUGUUCACGACGGCGAUCUUUCCCGAACUGUCCUGUUGACACUCGACUCGGCUGACCGUCGUAGCUCGUCACGGUUGACCGCUCGUCUAGCGCUGGCCUGGGGCGAUUUGCGUCGGCUGACUACACACACACCACUACCCCCAUUUGUGCCACCACCAGGUUUAUAACAAUAUAUUUGAUCAUUGAUUUAUUUUUCUAAUGUAAAUAAAGUAUCGUGUUGUUUUAUUCAUUUUCAAGUAAAGUUUCGUUCUUGCUUUAGUUAGUUAGUUUAGUCUAGUUUAGUUAGCUUAGUUUAAUUGUGCUGUCUGGUUGCUUAGGCGACUCUAGCCCUUGGUCGCAGACCGAGGUGCACAAAUUGGGCCCACCCAGUAGCGCUACCAUCUGCUUCUGUAAUAAAAUUCUUGUUGAGCAGAAAAAGGUCUUCUUGGCCUCCUGACCUGCUCACAAUUUAUAUUAUAAAGUAGAAUGUAAGGUGUAUGUAUGUAUGUGACUUAUAUACAUCAAAACCGCUUGACCAAUCUUGAUAAAACUUGGCAGGAAUGUUUCUUGGGUACCAACUUAGACCUUAGUGUAUGUAUUGUAGCCCUAAAACAAAAUUCAGGCACUAAAAAAAAUAAAGUUGUCCGACUCUAUUAAAGCUAUAGUAUUUAUGAAUCUAGGCCAUGGUUAACAAUGUUGACAUGAGAAAAGAUCGAAAGGAUUUAGACCUAGAUCUAAUUUUAAGAAAUACACUUUGCGCAGAUAGUUUUUAACUUUGACACAUGAAAAUACAAAAGAAGAUCCAUUGAUUUCAUUAUAUAAUAAAAUUAACCUUCAAUUUUGUGUUUCAAAAGCAUUUUUUACAUAAAUUAGUUCCUGAUAUCUGUGACUACAGAUUUUUUGGAGAACAUUCUUUCAUUAGACAUUAUCAAAUGGUUACACAUUAGCACAUCUCUCUACUGAGUCUAUUCCUAUGCCUAGGUCUAAAACUCUUAUUGAACUUUUCGCAAAGAUAGUUUUAUGCUUUAACACAUAGACAUACUAAUUAUUGUCCAUUCAUUUCAUAUUUUAAUCAAAUUAACAUUCAAAUUUGUUUUUCUAAAGCAUUUUUAAUACAUUCGUUCGCUGUUCGCCAAAGCUGCGUAGCCGUGUUGAGAUAGACCUAUAUUCAUUCAUGCACAACACAGAAUGAACUCUAUAAAAGCCAAUUUUUAACUCUAGAUUAGUGUAGAUUUAGAUCUAUGUCUACCUCAAGAUCUACUUUAUACUUUAACACAUGAACAUUCAAAAUAAAGUCUAUUCAUCUCAAAUUUUAAUCAAAUAUAUGUAGGCCUACAAGCAAAUGUUUUAAUUUGAAAAAAUGGAUUUAAGCCUAUUAGCUAUUUUGAUUUGAUAGCUUCAUUCACACUAUUUUUUAAUUGACACAUUCGCUUUACUUAUUACAUUAUUAUUUCGUUUAAUUGUUUACAAAACACUCUCAGUGACUAUAUCGACAGUAAUGCGCAAAUAAAGACUAGCGGGUCGCGGGUAACGUAUGUCUAGUUACAUAUAAACAAACAAACAAAUUCAUUUGUUUUUGGUAUAUUUUACACUUAAAUGUAAGCUGUAGACUAGCUAGAAUUGAAUUUUACCAGAUUUAAUUUAACAUCUAAGGCAACGAACUUUUAUACUUUUUUAAAGCCUUACAUGUUCUUACUAUAUUGUUUUAUUCACUGGUUAUAUACAAGAUUAUAAAAAUGGCUUAUCCACUUUUAAGAUGAUAAGCGCGCUGUCAUUUUGUUUUCAAUGAUGUGUUUCAGUGGUGUUGCCAACUUAAGUUUUAUAAAAAAAUUUUAUCAUUUUUUUUUGCACAUUUUUUUCUUUUAAUAUAAUUUGCUACUAGCAUUGGCGUAGCUAAGGGGGGAUGAGGGAGAAUUUAAAGAUCCCCCCGGGCUCCCACUUGAGGGGGGCCUUCAAAUGGGUGUCCGAAAUUUGUUUCUAAAUACAUAAAUUAAUAUAUUUGAUUGACAAUUAGUGUUGAUGGGUGUCAUUUUUAGCGGCCCCCGUAAGGGGAAAAAGCCGCUAUUAGGUUUGUGCAAAAUGUCCGUCUGUCCGUCUGUCUGUCCGUCUGUCACACUCAGAUCUCAAAAAGUAGAAGAGAUAUGAAAAAUAUUAUUUCAUUAUUAAAUGCGGCUUGAAAAGUUUAGGUGCAACGGCUACUUUUGGUUUUCUAAAAGCAAACCGUUUAAUUUAUCAAAUUAAUUAUGCAAGCGAUUUUUUCAUAAAAAUACACCAAUUCUAAAAUAAUUACGUAAAUGUAAGGGAGGCAAUGUUACAAUAUGCUAACAAAGAUUCACAGUUUUUGCGUAUUUUCAGUAUCACCAAGUCAAAUAUAUUUAAAAAUGUACAGGAAAUGUUUACAACAAAUAUAAAUAAUAGUUAAAGAUGUUUUUUCUGGUCAACUAGCUGCUAAAAUUAAAAGAAAACAUUUCUGUUUGUUUAUAAAGGCUAAUAAUGCACUUUGUA